AUGCUACAUGGUUUCGGAUACGAUGUGUCAAGCUAUGAUUACACGGUAGUUUUGGGGUCCUAUGAAUAUCAUCCAUUGGUAUCUAGUUCGAUUGACUUGGAGAUUUUCUCAUUGAGAGCUAAUGAAUGGGAACAAAUUGAGUUUGAUUCUGAUUUGCCUUAUUGGAAUACUGAAAGACCUGAAGGUGCUCCCAGAGUCGGGUCGUUCUUGAAUGGUUCUAUUCAUUGGCUGGUUUAUAAUUAUGAGACUGAAAUAGAUGUUAUUAUUGCCUAUGAUUUAAAGGAAAAGACAAUGUCAGAGAUUGCUCUUCCAGAUGAUUUUUAUAGUGAUUUUUCUCCCAACCUUUAUGAUUUGUUGGUACUUCGCGGACUUAUCAGCGUAUGGAAUAUGGAGAUGUCUACACUUAAGAUAUGGGUAAUGCAAGAAUACGCUGUGCAUUCAUCUUGGACCAAGACUUUUGAUUUUUCUUUUGAUCCUGCUCCAGAUUUUUCCCCAGUAUGCUUUACAAAUGGUGGUGAUAUUGUUGGACCAGUUGCUGAUGGUGGAUUAGCGAAGCUUGAUGACAAAGGAGGCCUGCUAGAGUAUCACUCCUAUGGUGAUUGUCACUUUGUAAGAUCGCAGAUAUCGGUGUAUACAGAAUCUCUGCUUUCACUCCCUGAUGGCACUGAGCAAGCUUAA